AUGCACUUCAAAGGAAGCUGGGGGAUGGGGAGCGCAGGGAAGCGAGCGUUUGAGAAACGGAAAAGCGAAAAACCCCAAGUACACCGAUACCUUCCUGCCACCAUCUAUCAAGCCACGACCAAAGCAAAGCCCAAGCCCACCGAGACCCUCACGCCAGGGGAAAAAGUAUGGGGACCACAGCAGCCGCUCCUUCCUCUGCCCGUGCCCAGCCCCCGAGGCCCCUCAACACAGGGAGAAGGGAGAGGGCAGAGGGCAAUGGUGAAAAGCCUAAAACGCUCACUGGAUGUUUGCGUGGUGGAGCCAAAGCCGACAUUGGGGCUCUAG